UUAAGAUUGUGUGACAUUUUGCUUUUUAGGGUGUAUUAAUGGUCGGCCCUCCAGGUACGGGGAAAACCAUGUUAGCCAAAGCCGUGGCCACAGAAUGUGGGACCACUUUCUUCAACGUGUCCUCCUCCACGUUGACCUCCAAAUACAGGGGCGAGUCGGAAAAACUUGUCCGUCUUCUGUUUGAAAUGGCCCGAUUUUAUGCGCCAACGACCAUCUUUAUAGACGAGAUCGACUCCAUCUGUGGCAGGAGAGGAACAUCUGAUGAACACGAAGCCAGCCGCAGGGUUAAAUCUGAACUUCUUAUUCAGAUGGAUGGUGUUGGGGGAGCCCUGGAGGGUGACGACCCCUCUAAGAUGGUGAUGGUCCUGGCUGCCACAAACUUCCCUUGGGACAUUGAUGAAGCUUUGCGACGACGGCUGGAAAAGCGGAUCUACAUCCCUCUGCCCUCAGCUGUUGGUCGUGUCGAGCUUCUAAGGAUCAACCUGAGAGAGGUGGAUUUGGCUACAGACGUAAAUCUGGACCUCAUUGCUGAGAAGAUCCAGGGCUAUUCUGGAGCAGACAUCACCAACGUCUGCAGGGACGCCUCCAUGAUGGCGAUGCGUCGUCGAAUCCAAGGCCUGAGCCCCGAGGAGAUCCGAGCUCUGUCCAAAGAAGAGCUGCAGAUGCCCGUGACCAUGGAGGACUUCACACUGACACUCAAGAAGAUCUCAAAGUCUGUUUCUGCUGCAGACCUGGAAAAAUACGAUGCCUGGAUGGCUGAGUUUGGGUCAGUAUAGAGAUCGGUGGUGAUUAGAGCAAGAGGGGCAAAAACCGUGAGAGGAGGACUGAUAGCUUUGAAAAUAUUAAAGGCCUUGAAAAGCA